AUGCCAUCGCUAUUGGAUCUCCCCCUCGAGCUGCGGGAACUCAUCAUCGAGCUGGUUCUGAAGGACCAGCGCAUGCCACCCGCAACUCCAUCCAAAGCCAACCGAGCGGAUUUCCGUGACAUGGGGUACCGGGCAUGGCGCCGUGUCAUCUAUUACGAGCGACGGCAAAGCCAUUGUCCCAACAACGCGAGUGGCCUCAUCCGGGCUAACCACCAGCUCUCCGAGGAGACUCUGGCGACCCUGGACCGCAUCUCGUCCGCACCGUACAUCCUGGACUUAUCGGUCCUCAAUGAUGUCGCGUUGUACCCCACCUGGCUGUCUGUGCCGCGACUCACGCACCGUGUCUCGACGCUACAUGUCAACGUCCGUCUCUUUGGCCAUAUUCUCUCGCGCGACGCCGCGCGCUCCCAAGUUGGGGACGGUGGUCAUCUAGGUUUCCAAUGGAGCUUCUACGCCUUGCUCGAGCGGUUCAUCCGGUAUGGGCCCGUGGAUGAAAAGACGAGCCGAAAAGAAGCCCCCAUGGACGUCGACCGGGAUGUGACCGUGAAGACACUAGUGCUUGACUUCCAGUCUGCAGAAUCCGAACUCUCCUUCCCACCGGACGAAGUCGACUACCGCUGGUGGUGGCGGCGCCAAUAUAGGCAAGAUCCUCGUCCUGGAACCGAGGCUGGAGUCAAUUUUGAGUUGUCUGAUCACAAGACCCGACCCGAAUGGUUCGCAAAAUACCUGUCAGGGCAUAUCUAUGCCCUUCUCGGGAUGACUUACCACACGGCAGAAUAUGGCAAGAUCCUCUACGAGCGGAUUGGAGCUAUCAAGGUCCUCGUGAACGGGGAACGGAACGCGGAGAUUGAUCUCGCCGAUUCAUUGACACGUCUGGACUUCUCUAGUGGGCGAGAUAUAUUCGGCUAUGUUACAACAGAGCGCGAGCUGUCCGCAUAUCGGGAGUGGAAGAAGGAGACGUUAGCACGCAGGGAGCAGCUGGGAUUCCGGGUGAUGUGGCCGCAGGAUCCCGAAUUAGCGUAA